GAUGCGACGCAAUGUGUGUGGGUUUUUUUAAGCACUGUAAUCUUUACAUGUGUCGUUUUAAGUAACAACACCAGUCAUUUUCAAGUGAUGUUUAUUUGUUUUUCGUCUAGAAAACCCAGCCUUUGUGUGCUAGCAGGCAUAGAGGAUCUCUCGCUGGACCGAGAGUCGUAAUUGUAUGCUAAAUGAAAUGAAACAGGAGCUAAAAGACAUGAUUUUGAGCUUGGAGGUGCAUGUGUGCUUUUGCUGCUGACACUGAACCAGUGAGUGAGUACGUACUAUGAAAAAUCUUAAGGUUGCUAUCCUGUAGCUCUAUACAUGAAGAAUGGCUCAACAUCAGAUCGAAGACCCAAAGAUUGCAUUUGCAUAUCUCCGCCCAUCCUGUGUCCUCCUGACCAAAGAACCUACAGUCGCUAACGUCGAAGCUCUUAGCGGUCAUCUCCGCAGUGUAAGCGAUGGAGCUCUCCAACAGCUCCAGGACUAUAUUCUGUUCCCCCUCAGAUUUGUCCUCAAAACCCCUGGCUCAAAGCGGGAGGGACUUAUCCAGGCGGUGAUCGAAGCUAUUACGUAUGUGCUGGAGAACACUUGCGUUCAAAGUUGGGAUUCUCUGCGAGAUCUUUUCUCUGAGCUUUGCUUAUGUCUUUGUUCCCCAAAGGACCCGGGUAAACCCGCCACAACCUCUGAGGAACUAAAAAUGGCUGUCCUUAGAUGCCUAGACACCCUUAUACACUCUGCCUACGGUGACAUUGUUUUUAAACUCUACGAGCCAAGCAUGUUGCCUGGACUUGGAGCCGCCGUUUCACUUCUUCUGGCAUUAGCAGAGCACGAAAAGGCUAGAGGAGUCCAAACGGCUUCUCUUAAAUGUCUCCUUUCUUUGUUUCAGCAGUGCGACUGCGAAGAAGAACACAUUGAGCUCGGACGGGAUGAGAGGUUUAAGCUCGGAUGCACCUUGGCCACUUUCCUACCUGGGAUUUCUCGAGCCCUGAGUCUCGUAAUAAGUGGAGAUGUAAGACAAGGCCAUGCGGUUACAGUGAAGGCCAUGAGGGUUUGGUACAAAGCAGUAGGUCUGGUAAUGGCCGAUGAGCAGCUUCAGAAAACAGACAAUGGUGUGGCAGCUGGAGAUCUAGGAAGGGUUGGGGAGCUUGUUGUGAAGAGGACUCCAUCCUGGCGCAAAACCACUUCCCAGCGCCUUGCUUUGGUCUUACAGAAGAUAAUUUCUUGCACAUCUGCCCACCCGCACUGGAGAGUCAGACUUGAGUUGGUCAGUCUGUCCCAUUUUCUACUUUCUCACUGCAGACAGUCUAUUGGUGAAUGUGUCGGUCCUCUACUGGAAGCAUUGGUUGGUGCCAUCAACGAUGAGGAGCCUGAGGUUAAGCACAGGUGCAAUGCAGCAUUGGACGAGGUGGCACAAAUGGGUCAAACCAAUAACAAACAAGACUUUACUGAUAUUAUAUCCGAAAACCUUCACAGCUUGGCGUCAUCCUUACCUAGACUCAUGAGAACAUCUGACGACCAACGCAAGCUCUUUGUUCUUAACGUGUUCCUUGGGUACCUCAAGAUUCUUGGGCCUAAAGUGGAUGCGGUACUUACUUCAGCAGUACAUCUGGAACGCAUCUCCAAAGCAUUGAUGCAAGUGAUGGAGCUGGACGUAACGGAUGUGAAGAUCGUCGAGGAAAGAACUCUAACGUCUUCGACAGACUUGAGACCUGACCUGCACCAAAUCCCAUCCCAGAGGAAAUACUUCCUCUACUUCACAGACGACAAGAUAUUCUCGGCACUCAGGAAGAUCUGCCGCAUGUUGGGAUACUACGGAAACCUCUAUCUUCUCGUUGACCGCUUCCUGGAACUGUACAAGGAGUCUUCGGUUUACAGAAAGCAAGCUGCUUUGGUCCUCAACGAGGUCAUUGUUGGUGCCGCAGGCAUUGGUGUAGAAAUGGACACUUCUAGGAUUGACAGUUCGGGAGCAAAGCGGUCUAGAACAAAUCAAGAAGACUUGAAAUCGUCAAUCAUGUCCAUCAUCGAGGAGUACAUCAGUUUGAGUAACUGGCAUCUCCCUACAGUCUCAGAAGCCUUGGAAGGGAAACUUGAGUCUACAACCUCCUUGUUGUCCAAGAGUCCAGAACGAAGCUGUCUGCAGUUGCUUCCAGCAUCCAAAUCUCCAACGCUUCACCAACUCAACAGCAACAUCUGGCAAAUCUGUAUCCAGUUGGAGGGCAUCGGUGGCUUCGCCUUGGCAUUAGGCACCGAUUUCCGUCUGCUUCUGAUGAUUACGCUAUACCCUGUGCUGGAGAAGAACGGGGACGAGUCGCUUCUUGUCAGCCAAGCGGCUUUUAGCGCAAUGUGCGACCUCUGCAAGGCUUGCGAUUACAGUUCACCCAAGGAGCUGGUCAUCAAGAACUCAGACUACCUUCUCAAUGAUGUUUCUCUAAACCUAGCCAGACCCAGCAUUCACCCUCAUGCCGCGCGAGUUCUUGCGGUCAUGUUCACUCACUCGGAUGCCAGUCUGCUGCCUCUAGUGGCCGAUGUGGUGCAGGACGUGUUAACAGCACUUGAUCUCAGCUAUGACCAGAGAGCGCCACAGUUCUGUAGUGUGCUACACUCACUCAUGAAAGCACUCGUGAGAUGGUUUCCCGAAACUAUUGGGUGCCAGAAGACGCCCAGCAAAGACACCCAGGAUAAGGAGUGUGUGAACUUGAGGCAGUUUCUCCUGGACUAUAAGAAGCAGAAGGAGCUUGCAGAAGGCAUUGGACUAGAGGAGGAAGAUCCUAAUGAUUUAGAAGUUCCUCCACCAACUUCUGAUGAGGACACAGAUGGUCCUGCAGAGAAAAAGGAGCUUCCUCUUCAUAUCCAGAUUGUGAAAGACGUGAUGGAGCGAUGCAUCCACCUGCUCUCCGACUCCAACCUGAGAAUCCGACUCAAGGUGCUGGACAUCUUGGAGUUGUGUGUGUGUGUUUUAUGUGAGCGAGAGGAUGAGCUGCUUCCCAUGGUGCACCGGUGCUGGCCUGCUCUCCUGCACCGUCUCACCAACGAUGACCCUCUCGCUGUACCACGAGCAUUCAAGGUGUUGUGUGUCCUGGGCGAGUCGUGUGGAGACUUCCUGAGGAAGCGCGUGUCUAAGGAGGUCCUGCCCCGUCUCACCUCGUCUCUGAUGAAGCAGGCGGAGGUCAGCGCUCGCUCCGGACCCGUCUACACACACACACUGGCUUACAAACUCCAGCUCGCCGUGCUGCAGGGUCUCGGACCGCUGUGUGUGAAACUGGACCUGAUGGAGGCGGAUCUGGAUCGGGUGAUUGACGCCUGUCUUCUGUACCUGAGCUGCCGACAGCCAAUCAGACUCCAGGAGGCGUGUCUUAGUGUGUUCCGCUCGCUGAUGGAUCUGGACUCGGAUCUGGUCUGGUUCAGUCUGAAUGAGCUGUGCUGUCCCGUCCCGUACGAGCCCCCUCACCCUCAUCUGCUCCCUGUGACGCUGAGCGGGUCACACAAGCCCAGGAACCAGUUCACUGACAACGUCCUCACAUUACUGCAGGAGUCUGACGCCACAUAACAGCGCUUCAUACAUCUGAACGCUAGGUUUAAGAUGACCGUGAUCUUCCUCGGCUGUACGUUUGACUGGAAGAACUUUUGGAGGAAGCUGGAAGUCUAACUUUUCAAUAUGAUGCAGAUAGUUAUAUUAAUAUAGUAAUAUAACAGAUCGAGGGGGGGGGGAAAGUUUGUUCUUUAAAGGAAAUGUACAAAUGACCAUGUAAAUGAUGUUUUCAACCAAAAUACCAUGGUAAAAUAAUUAUUAUAAUAAAAAAAAAGUGAUGUUUUCAGCCAAAAUGCCAUAAUUGUUAUAUUCUUACUUCUCUAAAAUAAUAAUAAAUUAAAAUGGGAU